GGCCUUCCGUCGUCAUGGAGGACAAUAUCCUGAUUCCAGUCCCAUCGUUUCAUGUCGAGCUCGCCGCGCUCGAUGCUCUCCACCCUGUCCACUACAGCCGCCGCCUUCUCAUAUUUCGCUGUACCUCCCUUGCCCAACGAGAUGCUCAACUGGCUGCCUUGAAGGUGGGCUUACAAGCUCUUGGCUUGCGGUGUCCCAUCUUGGGUGGUACCAUUACCCCUCUACAACCUGCAGAAAUCAACACCACCAACUCCAAUCCGGACUGGCGUACGAUCCGGCCUGACCCUGGCAUUGAGCUGGUGGUAAAAGACCUACGGGCGGUGUUGCCUUCUUUUGAGGAGCUCAAGUCCUCCGGGUUUCCCAUCACCGGACUCCCCUAUAACCUGCUUGUGCCUGUGCCUCAGGACAUUGGCAAUGACCGACCCUCCGCGGCAUGCAAGAUCCAGUUCAGCACGAUCGAGGGCGGUACUAUCCUUACCUGGGCAAUGUCACAUUGUGUAGCUGAUGGCAGCGGAAACAACGAGUUGAUGCACGUGCUGAGUGAGGCCACAAAGCUCGCACAAGACCGUGCUACGGACGACGUGCUUGCACAGGCUGCCGCUUCGACGCAGAUAGGGUUUGACCGGAGUAUCAUGCGUGGUAUUUGUAGCGAGAUCCCGUUCAGGAUAGAGGAUCAUCCAGGAUAUAUGGCCAACGCGCCAAAGCGACCCCCAAGCCAUCCCUUCGAGGCUACAUCCGCGGAGGUAUCAGUGCUCUUUCACAUCCCCGCGACUCGGGUGGCGCAACUCAAAGCAGAUGCAACACAGCCGGGCGCACCCCCGAUUUCGACACACGAUGCAAUAUGCGCCCUUAUAUGGCGAAGUCUCAUCCUGAUCCGCAGUCACCGCUCUCCCGAAGCACGGAACGUCCCCGACUCCGCAAAGACCAACCUUUUCAUGCCCUCAGAUGCCCGCCGCCACCUGAACCUCCCGCAAUCGUACAUUGGCAACGCCGUCUACCAACUUUCCGUCUCAAUCGACCUGGGCACCAUCCUCGCCCCAAGCUCGGGCUUGCGGGAAGCUGCCAGCGCUGUCCGCCGCGCUAUCACGGCCGUCAAUCCGACCCUCGUGCGCAGCGUCAUGGCCGAGACAAAUAAGCGGUGGGUGGACUGGGCUUUUCUGGGUAGCUACUCGUCGACCGGAGUGGCCAUGGGCACUGACUGGACGAGCUCGGCGCUUUAUCAACAAGACUGGGGGACCGAGUUCGGGGGCGCCCCGGCCAGGUACAGAUAUCCAAAUGAACCGGGUGUCAAUUGUAUCAUGCCCAAGCUACCAGAUGGAGCUGCGGAGGUCAUAGUCAGCGUUAUGGAAGGCGAAGCGGCCCGAUUGAGCAGUGAAGAGUGUUUUGGGAAGUAUAUCGAGCCACAGCCUGUUGGGAAAUGAUUGUACAGGGCAGAUCGGCUGUUGCCCAGGAACAACGAUCUUCAGGCUACAUCCACUACUCUUCUGCGAUCUAUUCUCGAGUCACUGCAAAGAAAACUAUUAAAUGCGCAUUGCCAUCUCUGCGACGACACACUAUCUCUGUUAGCUUUGUGAAGCCUGUCAUCCUCUUCCUGUCGUUAAGCUGAAUAAUUCAAUUCUGCAAAUACGUCAACAAACAACCCCGUCCUCAAGAGGCAGAAGUCGUCAUCAUGUCCCAGCAUUAAGGGAGAAGAAGAUACACCCCUUUGUUCAAGAAUCAUACACAGGCCUACUGGCGAAAUGCACCAUCUUCUCCCCCCAGUCAAAGACGACCAACAAGCUCCGCAUGAGACUGUCUCCGAUAAUCCCCACGAGGCUGUCCCCUUGGAUGCUCUGCACCCCGGAGACGCAAAUCUCGCCCGAGAACCAGACCAGGUCAAUCGGAUUGACGGGCAAUUCGACACCGCCCACGAAGAGGGACAGCUGCGGC